GCCAUGACGAUUUUCGACGCUAGCGAGUUUACAUCGUUACUUCUGACAGAAGAGUGAGUUUAUUUCUAUCCUAGCUGAGCUGAAACGCAGCCAUAGUCUCUAUAUAUGUCUUUGGUAUAGUUGAGUGCUCAUCAACUAACGUUAUCUGAUGGCACUUUAAUCAGUGAUCCAAGAGUAAGCUUUGUCAGCAUCAAGUGGCGUACCAGCUAAGUCUGAAGCCUAAAGAUGCCUCUUGGAGUGGAUACAUCAGACUUUCUUCAGGAGAAGGUGAAAAGAAGUGAGCGGACAAUUAGGCAAAGAGAUGAGCGUAUUGCAGCAUUGGAAACAGAAAAUGCCAUGCUGUAUCUCAAGUUGGCACAAUGCCAGGGAAGUGCUCAACAUGAGCGACAGAAAAGUACCCGACUUCUGCAGAUGAUCAAACUGGACCAUGACUACAAGGAGAGGGUGUCACAGGAGCUGCUGGAGCUGUCCAAACAAGUCAAGGUUCUGAAGCAGGACUUGGGUACAAUGAAGGCAGCCAUGAGACAGAUGCCACCAGAAAUGGCCCUCAUGUUAGAGGGUUUCAAGAGACAAACUCUCAAAGUACAGAGGAUGUUCCUGUCUGAGAACCGAGGACUGGAAGGCUUGCAAAAGAGAAUUCAGGAGCUGGAAGUCUCGCUUGUGACUGCGAAUGAGCGGCACGCACGGGAGAAGAAACGGAGGCAGAUGCUACACAACACGCUGGUAGAACUACGGGGGAACAUCCGCGUACAUUGUCGUGUCCGACCGCUGAUGGAUUUUGACACUGGAAGUGACGAAACAAGUACUCUUGGAAGACAGGGAACAUUGUCAGAACAAGUUGUACAUGUCGUUGAUGAUGAAACUGUUGUUGUGAAAGCCAGUAGUAGACCCGGACAGGGCACCAAGGCUUUUGAAUAUGAGAGAGUAUACGCCCCUCUGGAAUGUCAGGAUGCAGUGUUUGAGGAGGUUCAACCUCUCUUGACGUCACUGUUGGAUGGGUACAAUGUGUGUAUCAUGGCCUAUGGGCAGACAGGGAGUGGGAAGACCCACACAAUGUUGGGCCCUCCACAGUCUAAAGACUAUGGCUAUCAUGACGAGGAACACCACAAUCCACAAGAAGGGGUCAUUCCUAAAGCUACGAGGGAACUCUUCAGACUGCUUGCCGAGAAGCCCCCUGACACCCACACGGUAGAAGUGUCCGUGGUGGAAAUCUACAACAACGAUAUCAGGGACUUGUUAGGGGGAGACGACAGGAAACACGACGUGCUGACAGCUGGUGACGGUUCACUUGAUGUUCCCUCUCUCACAUACAGGACUGUUGAGGGUGUACAGCAGGUUAUGGAGCUGGUGCAGUACGGGAUGAAACACCGCGCCGAGGACGCGACCCUCAUCCACUCCCACUCCAGCCGCUCGCAUCUCAUCGUCACGCUGACCGUAACCGUGAACAGUGGUGUCGUCACGCCCACCUCGCCUAUAACUGACUAUAACGUGUUUGCUGUCCCCCAGUCAGCGCCACCGAAGAGUGAACGUGGCAGGCGAACGCUUCCCGUACCGUCCUCCCCCUCCCCAAUCCCACACCACAUGCACAGCAAGACGAGGUCACGGUCACCGUCGCCAGCCAGACCACCCACGCCGAUAAACUGUUUCAAGACUAAACUACAGCUGGUGGACUUGGCUGGGAGCGAGUGUGUAGGAAUGUCUGGUGUGACUGGAGCAGCCCUCAGAGAAACGUCCUACAUCAACAAGAGUCUCUCAGCCCUUGCCGAUGUCCUGGGAGCUCUAGCUGAACACCGUGCCCACGUGCCUUACCGCAACGCCAGGCUGACUCACAUGCUGCAAGACUCCAUUGGUGGAGAUGCCAAGUUGCUGGUGAUGUGCUGCGUGUCUCCCGCCCAGCGCUACCUCUCCGAGAGCCUGCAGUGCCUCGGGUUUGGACAGAGGGCGCGCCAGGUCCAGCGUGGACCAAUCAAAAGGAAGUUCAUCGCUGCAGGUCCAGCCAUAGACACAGGGAGAAGUUCCCCCCGCCCAACAUCAGCUCUGUCCAGAAAGGGUCUCCAGACUAUCUAACCUCAUGGACUGUCACUGAGUGAUGAGGAGUGUUGGCAGACACACAGACUGAAGGGAACACUCCUACAUUCCGCCACCCCUAUCUUUGACACCCCUUUGUUAUGACAACCCCAUAUGUUCUGAUACCCCAUAUAUGUUUGACAUCCCUAUGUUCCCAUACCCCUACAUGUAUGUCCCAAUGCUGCUUCAUGUAUGUUACAUGCCCCUUUGUUCCAAAACUCAAUUGUUCUACACCCCUAUGUUCUAACAACCCCAUAAGAUCUGAUGCCCCUAUGUUCUGACUCCCCUUUGUUAGGAUGCCCCUAAGGCCCAAUCUACACACAGUUUUUACCGAUAUCUGUGGAGAUGUCGGGAGGGAUCUAGAACAUAGGGGGCCGGACACCCAUGGCGCUUGCAGUCAUAAACAUAUAGCGCAAUUUUCCAAAUGGCGUUAUAUGCUAAUGAGCCUUCCCGAAGUCAGGAAGCAUCUACACGGGCGCGAAGCUGUCGGGGACCCCUGCUAAGCUAUUGUUAAGCUAUCGUACGAACGGUUCGGCCCUUUCGGGAGAAAUUUUCCCGAUAUCGUAAUGGCGAUAUAGUAAUUCCAUCUAGACGAUGAAAAAAAGCUGUCGGCGAGAGGUUGUAGGCUCGCCGAUAUCGGGAAAAACUGUGUGUAGAUCGUGCCUAAGUUAGACGUCCUUAUGUUCUGACAGCCCUAUGUUCCAACACCUCUAUGUUUCCACACUCCUAUGUUCCAAUGCCAUUAUGUUGGGGUUAGGGUUUGGGAGUGUCUGAACAUAGGGGUGUCAGCAAUACUAGUUUGUUAAGCCUAGUUUCAGACUGCCAUAUUUGUAUGUGUGUUUUGCAUAGGCGUUUCGCAUGUGACUGUACAUAUUUUAUUUCUUGUGUCUUAUUUCAAGGUAAUGGGUGUUUACAUUUUUUUGAUAGAUUUUGAUACUUUUGUAUUCCAUCAAUUUUGUAAACAGAAUUUGAAUCAUAAAAGUGGAUCUGCAUGUAUAUGUACAGAUGGAGAUCAACAUUGUAUACAUUGUACUAGUAUGGCUCAAGCAUACUUUGAAAUACUUAAAAGCUAAUAAUAUCAGUGCCGAAAUACUUUUUUCAGCCAGGUUGUCCAAGUGGCAACCUGAGUCAAAAGCCAGGUUGCGCCAACAACAUUUCAGGUUGCCCACUUUGAAGUUGUUACUUUCUUCAAAUCAGCUACUUAUCCCUUAUCUUUUCUUCCAAUUAUAUGUAACUAUGUAAUUUGUUUUAAGUUAUCAAAAAAUAAAUACAAAAGCUUAUGCACGUAGGUGGGGGGAAAGCAGUGUUCCAACUGCAAAAUUUCAGGUUGCGCAGUGUGCAACCUGGGUUUAAAAUUAAGUUGCGCCAAGCAAAAUGAGGUUGCAUUUUCAAGUGGGCAAGUGGGUAUUUCAAGCCCUGAGUAUUGUAUUAAUAGUCAGAGUAGUGGUUUGUGUGCAGUACUGAUUUUUAAAAUUACAACUGGGUACAUUCUUUUAAAUACAUUUUGUCAUUAAGUCAUGACUCCUUUGUGCCAUAUUUGUAGAUAACGUUAUGUAUCUAGAAAAUAAAACGAUAUGUUGACAUAUCUUACCUCA